GUCGGUGUGGUUGUCUUUGUGUUCUUUAGGCUUCCUCGAGCAGCAUGGCCUCGGGGUGGAGAGAUGGAGAAGAAGAAGAUUGAAGAAUUCUUUGGACAAAUUGCUGAUCGGACAACUUCCACUUCUUCGACGUUGCUUCGUGUGAAAGAAGAAGAACUCGCACGUGAAGCGGACGCCGCCUGGCAAGCUGCUGCUGUGCUCUCCGACCUUGCAGAGGCACUUGAAGAAGAAAGCGAAAGAGGACUCGAAAAAGGACAUGAGAAGCAAGAAAAAGAAGAAAAGGAGAAGGACGGAAAGGAGAAAGCUUCGGCUUCGGAGACCAACUACGAAAGUACGGAAAGACCAGAAUCACAAGAUCCACCAGGUUCGCAUAGAGAAGGGGAAGGUUCGUCAAGAUGUCCAUCCCAAACGGUCGAGUCGAAGAAAGCGGACGAAAGCGAAGCAUCCAGAAACUCGAAACCAGAUAGAAAGGAGAAUCUCCAGAAUCCAGAGGCCGAUAGUGAUGAAGAUGUGGCCAUACGUGCCGCGGAGGCGUUGGGUUCAUUGGCAUCCUUCAUGGAGGUGGCGGUGGACCCUCGCAAGCCGAUGGCCAGCGCCAAUCCCGUCGAACCGAAAGCAGCACGGCGGACGGCAGCGAAGGCGGGCGCCACGGGCGCGAGGGUGGAGAAGAGUCCGACGAAGCGCAAGAACAGUGCCGUGUCCAAGGCAUCAGUGAAAGAUUUGCGCACAAAGCUGCAGAAAACUCGAGAAGAAGAGCUCUCACCCUUGCGAAGACACAGAGAUGAUGGCAGACGAGAAAGGGAGAACACAAAAGAGAAACCAGAGAAAGAAAAGGACGUGAAAGAUGAGAAGGAGAAGAAAAUGGAAGUGAAGAAGGCCACAGCUUCUGAAGAAUUGAGGGCCAAGUUGUUGGAAGCCAAGCAGCGGAUUGCAAAGAAAGACCAAAGCCGCGAAGUUCUGAAAGACAAGAAAGACAAAAAGGAGAAGAAAGAGAAGAAGAGGGAGAAAAAGAUGGACAAGGAGAAAAAGGAGAAAGACGGCCAGGCAGUUCCAAUUCGCCCCGCAGUUCAGCCCAUGCCCAAACAACAGGCCUUGCCUUUGCUGUGCCGCGAAGAGAAGAAGCAGGAGACGGAGGAAAAGAAUUUGGAGACGAAGAUUGCUGAAGCUAAAGCACGGCGAUUGGAAGAGCUGCGAGAAAGAGAGGCCCAGAAAGUGCAACAAGUUCAUUCCAAAGCAGCUGCCCGGAAGAAGAAAGAAGUGGAAGACUCCGUGCGUGAAUUGGCUCGGAAGCUCUCCCAAGACAUUUUGGAGAUCUCGGAGAUCAUCAACGUGGAGAGUAUCAAAGAAGAGAACGUGAAGCGUGAAGGAAGGGUGGGUCAUUUUGGAGGAAAUCCCGUCAAGUCCGAAAUGGUGAAUACUGCAAGUACGACAAGUACGACGAGUACUGCGACGAGUACUGCGAGUACUUCCGGUCUGUUCGGAGUGAAAUCCGAAAGUGCACCGAGCACCGCAAGCGCCACCGCUAGUGGCGCUAGCACGAAGACAGAGACCAAGUCCGAGACUCUUGCUGAAGAAAGUGCUGCCUUGCGAGCGCUUGUGAUCUCACCCGAGAUCUAUGCGCAGCAAAUGUCACAGUUGACCUCGAUGGCAACACCAGAGGCCGUUGCACUUUCCUGUCACUCACUUGGGAGCUCUGGGGAACGGCACACUCAGCUUGAGAGCGAAAGUGAGAAGCCCACGGUUUGCACCAUUGGUUGGGAACCCAACGUGGAAGCUCACGUCAUGAUCAAACUCUUGGAGGGGUAUCGCAUCGGCUCCAUCAUUGACGCGAGACCACCGGAGUUCAACUGUGACGGCUUUGGCGGUGCUUGUGCAGCACAUGGCUGGACCUACGAUCGGCAGCCGGUGCUGUCCAUCCAUCCUUACGAUCUGGGCCCCAUGGGGCCAGUGGCCUUCAAUACCAUUGGUCGAAUUGUAUCUCAAGCCAGGGCUUCGGUCGCGGCUGGUAGCGAUGGCAGCUGCCGCCGGCAAUGCAUUUUGUUUGCCGGGGAUCAAAGCUGGCAGGAGGAAUGCAACUGGCACAUCGUUCAGCGACUGCGCGGUUGCGCCAUUGAAGUACAGCAGAUCAGUUUGGACAGAUAUUGGGAUGAAGCUGCUGUUUUUGAGGAAGAGGCUGAGAAAGGUGGGGUGAUCGUGGCCGGGCCACCCUUGACACAAGUGGUGGAUGAGUUGCGUUCACAAGUUGGCCUUCCCAAAAUCGGUGAUGAAAGAGAUCGUCAGCUCAUGGUGACAGCACGAGCUGGUUUGGAAACUUGGGUGGCGAAAAAAUUCAAACAAGAUCUUCGAUUGAAAUCAAAAGUUCUUGGACCAGAAGCCACCCUAAAAGAACGAAUUGAUUGUCUUCGUGAAGCGUGUCCUGAACUCUCUCGCGUCGUCAGCAUGGCACAUUUUUUACGGAUGAUUGGGAACAACAGCGCUCACACAGGUGGCGCAGCCAUCCCACCUCGCUACCAACUAGUGCAGCUGGUGCAAAAACUGACUUUUGAGAUUAAAGAAGCAGACGAAGUGGCCAAAGCACACAGUGAAGCUGACAAGAAAUGGGAAACCGCAGAACCUUUCGCCGCUGUACUGGCCAAAAUUUCUGGAGAAGCGCAGAGCUCUCCUCAAGCACCAGUGAGUGCUCGCUUGCAACUACAGCAGUCGGUGAUACUACCGCAAGAUGGAGAGCACAAGGCCACCUUGGUCUAUUUGCAUCCCUUUGGAUCAGGGAACGUUCGAUAUUUGCAAGGGAAAGCGGCCUUCGCAGCCAAAGGGCUCCGAAUCGUUUUGCCGCUUGCCCCCAGUAUUCCCGUGACCGCCUACAAGAAAAGACAAUGCAUCAGUUGGUUCGAUUACUAUGGAGAUUCGUUGAAUCCUUCAAGUUUGGAAGCAGACCCCUUGAGCUUGGAAGACGUGCGAGUGCGCAUCAGCUUGACCUUGGAGAGAGAAGCAACCCUUUUGGGCGAGAAUGGUCACAAGAGAUUGUUGGUGGGUGGUUUGGCACAAGGAGGAGAAGCUGCGCUUCACGCUGCCUUGAUGCAUCACCAAGUUGUUGGAGGUUUUGUUGGUGUUUGCACCAACCUUUUGCCCUGUACUUUGCCCGAGGGCAAUGGCCGGAUGAAGUUGCACUUUUUUGGCUAUGAUCGUGACCCAAAGGUAUGGUCAACUCAAACACGAGAUGUGCUCCUUCCACACCAUGACUUGAUUGAACAUGGAGAUAUUUUUGGAACAACGUCAUUUAACUUGGCCAGGAUUGAUUUCAAGUUGGAGGCUCAGUGCUUGCACUGUGCGUGUGAAGCCGUGCUUGCAGAAGAUUCGCCAGAAGGUGAGGGUGAAGCGGAAAAUGCUGCACCAGUGGAGGGAGGGGAGGGAGGAGAGGAACUGGGAGAGCAUGGAGAGCAAGAGAUGGAAGAGAAAGAGGAAGAGGCGGAAGAGGAAGAGAAGGAAGGUGAGGAAGGUGAGGAGACUGCCGGUGGCGACGUGGUCGACCCAUUGCUGAAUGAAAUGGCAGCGGCCAUCGGCAUCGAUCCUGAAGCAGUGCCUUUGCUCGAUGAGCUUUCCGAAGAAGAAAUCCCCGGUGAAUCACUAGAAGCGAAUCCAGAAAGAGAAGGCGAAGACGAAGGUGAAGGCGAAGGACAGAAAAAAGAGGUCGAAGGAGCACAAAGAGCACCCGAAGCCGAAGAAGUUGUGAUGUCAGAUGGAAAUCAGGUGUCGCUUGUCGAUUCGGAACCUGUGGUUUUGAUGAAGGCAACGGCGAAAGUCUUACCUUCCAAAAGGGCUCGGACUUCCUACGAACAGGACGGACAGAGGGACCUCACGGAGGACGAUGCACAAGCAGAAGCACCAGCACAAGACAAGACUGAGAAGUCGACGUGAAGGCAUUUGAUAAACCCAGAUAAGGCCGAGUGUCAAAAGAUGUGCGCACAUCUGUGACGCCGAUUGUGUUGUGACGUUUUGUGCCGCAAAACGCGCAUGGUUUUUUCGC